AUGCCCCUCUUCUGCAUGUUCACAGCCAGGCAGCAGGUGCAGGAGGUGAAGGAAUGGUUGUGCUUGAACUGCCAGAUGCAGCGGGCGCUGGGGAUGGACAUGACCACUGCUCCUCGCUCCAAGAGCCAGCAGCAGCUGCACUCCCCUUCACCAUCCCCCUCCCAGUCCCCAGCCAAGCACCCGCCACCCCCAGCAGUGGAUAAGUCCCCCCCAGCCCCCCGUGCCCUUCAGCCUGAGCCGCCCAAGCCUCACCCCACCGCGCCGCAGAGGGAACCCCACGGCCAAGGCCAGCCAAAGCCUCCAGAGGCAGCCAGGUCCUCCCCGCAGCAUCAGCAAGCCAAGCCUUCCUCCUCUGAGCAGAGAAAGACAACAGGAGACACAGGGGUGAAGCCUGCUGCCCCGGCCCCUGGGCCUGCAGCCCAAGAGCAGCCCCAGGAGGGUCUCACAGGGAAGAUCUUUGGCUUUGGGGCGUCCCUCCUGACCCAGGCGAGCACGCUCAUGUCUGUCCAGCCAGAGGCCCCCCCUCCCAGCCAGCCUUCUCCUGGCAAAGUGCCUCCAAAAAUAGUCUUCAGCGAUGCCAGCAAGGAAGCUGGUCCCAAAGCCCCGGGGGGACCGGGCCGGGCCGGUGCUGCCCCAGCAGCCAAGGCAGCCAAGCCAGAGCAGGGGGUCAAGCCAAAGGAAGUGCCGAAAGCAAGGGUCCUGUGCCCCCUGUGCAAGGCGGAGAUCAACGUGGGCUCCAGUGAGCCCCCCAACUACAACAGCUGCACAACCUGCCACCAGCAGGUCUGCAACAUGUGUGGCUUCAACCCCACGCCUCACCUGGUGGAGAAAAACGAAUGGCUGUGCUUGAACUGCCAAACUCAGCGGCUGCUCGAAGGCAGCCUCGGUGACCCUGCCCCGAUGCCGCUGCCCCGGGCGCCCGCGCCGGCACCCGCACCGCCGCCCGCAGCCCCGCAGAAGCAGCAGCCGCCCUCGCCUGCCAGGAGCCUGCGGGCUGCUGAGCAGAGUCGCACCCCCAGCCCUGCCCCGGCCGAGAAGAAGCCCCCGGUGCCAGUAGAGGAAAAGCCACUGCCCAAAGCUGCCCCGGAGCCUUCCAGAGCUCCUGAGAGCACCGUGCUGAAGGGUAAGAGUGUGACCCCCAAACCAGAGGAGGAGAGCAAGGAGACCCGGGCACCCCCCGAGGCACCUCGGGCAAAGGAGCAGGAGGAUGGGAGCAAGCCUUACCUCCCGGACCUGUCCCGCAGCCCCCAGAGCCUGAGCGACACUGGCUACUCCUCUGAUGGCAUCUCCAGCUCACAGAGCGAGAUCACUGGCCUGGUGCAGCAGGAGGAGGAGAAGCUGAGCGGCACUGGGCUGGCUGGGCAGAGCCCCCCCAGCCCCUCUGAGCUCACCAAGCUGGAGAGCAGCAUGCGGCCCCUCCUGGAAGGCCGGGGUGCCCCGCCAGAGCCCACCGAGCGUGGCAAGGGUGGCCCAGAGCCACGGGAGGAGCAGCGGCAGCGACAGCGGCCACGGUACCUCUCCAUCACCCCUGAAGCCUUUGACUCAGAUGAGGAGCUAGAGGACAUCCUGGAGGAGGAUGAGGACUCGCUGGAAUGGGAGAACCAGCGGGAGCGGCGAGAGAGCGCGGAGUCCUCGGAUGAGUUUGGCAGCAAGCUGCGGCACGACUACGUGGAAGACAGCAGUGAGGGGGGCUUCUCCCCGGUGCCCCCCCAGCCCAAGGGCCGGGAGGCAGAGGUGAGUGAUGAGGAGUUCAUGCGAAGGCAGAUCCUGGAGAUGAGUGCAGAGGAGGACAACCUCGAGGAGGAGGAGGAGGGCUAUGGGCGCACCAAGUAUAGUGUCCCCAAAGCUGGGCAGAAGGCCGAGGCGGAGAAGGGCAAAGAAGCAGCUUCAGCCAAACGGCGCCUGCCACAUGGCCCUGGCAGCCUGUACAAGGAGGAGAGGAAGGAGGUGGAGGCGGUGGAGGGCGAAGACUUGAGCACAACCCAGGGGGGCCUGCGGCGCUUCAAGACCAUUGAGCUGAACAGCACAACUGGCUAUGGGCGGGAGAUGGAGAUGGGCAGGGAGGCAGACACCAGCCUGGACCGGGAGCCUGAGCUGGAGAUGGAGAGCCUGACAGGCUCCCCCGAGGAGCGCGACCGGGGCGAGUCCUCCUCCGCCCUGCCGGCCACAACACCCAGCUACACCUCAGGCACCUCACCCACCUCCAUCUCCUCCCUGGAGGAGGACAGUGAUAGUAGCCCCACUCUGGAAGAGGUGAAGCAGCAGAGGAAGGCUCGCCACCGCUCACAUGGCCCCUUGCUGCCCACCAUUGAGGACUCAUCUGAGGAGGAGGAGCUGCGAGAAGAAGAGGAGCUGCUGCGGGAGCAGGAGAAGAUGCGGGAGGUGGAGCAGCAGCGCAUCCGAAGCACAGCGCGCAAGACCAAGCGCGACAAGGAGGAGCUGAGGGCCCAGAGGAGGAGAGAACGCUCCAAAACCCCCCCCAGCAACCUCUCUCCCAUCGAGGAUGCCUCCCCCACUGAGGAGCUGCGGCAGGCGGCAGAGAUGGAAGAGCUGCACCGCUCCUCCUGCUCUGAGUACUCGCCCUCCAUCGACUCAGAGGCUGAGAGCUUCGAUGCUGUGACCUCCAAGCUGUACAAGUCGGGCAGUGAGUACAACCUGCCCACUUUCAUGUCACUGUACUCCCCGACAGAGAAGGGGGAGAGUGGGAGCCAGCCUACCAGCAAACCUCUCAAGAGUGCUGAGGAAGCCUACGAGGAGAUGAUGAGGAAAGCAGAGAUGAUGCAGAAGCAGCAGGUCCAGCAGACCCAGCCGGCUGUUUCCUAUGGCAGCACCUGCCAGCAGGUCGGCUACCGUGGCACCGAGGGCCACAAUGGCUUUGAAUUCCAGUACACCGAGGAGUACCGGUACGAUGAUGGCCCCCUGCGCCCCUCCCAGCCCAGCUAUCCAAGUGCCCUGACGAAGGCAGGAGCAGUGUACCAGGAGAUCCUGCAGACCUCCCAGAGCAUCUCCAGGAUGCACCGGUCCUCCUCUUUUGACCUGGCCCUCGAGCAGGGGGAGAAAGCAAAGGGGCAGGUGGAGGCAUACCAGGACAAGCACUUCCUCAACGCUGAGAGCGCCUAUGCUGACCUGAUGAAGCAGAACGGCAGCCCACUCACCCCUGGCACCAGCCCCACACAGCUCUCCGCUCCUGUCUCCUUUGCCACCUCCGACAGCAGCACAGGCAAGGUCAUUCCUGAUGUCCGAGUCACCCAGCAUUUUGCAAAAGAGGGGCAAGACCUGGCCAAGAGCACCCCAGCAGCACCCAGCCUGGCAUCCAAGGCUGUCACCACUCCUUACACCUACAGCAAAGACAGCAAAGGUGCCAGUACAGUGACAACCGCUGUGGGUGGCCCCGGGAGCACAGCACGAAGCUACAGCUCCCCAGCCCCAGAUGCCCCAUCAGUAGGCAGCAGAAGCUACAGUCCAGCGAAGAGCACCAUCAGCUAUGGCUCACAGACAGAGGACAUCGGCAGAAGCAAGGCAGUGGUGGAAAUCAGCGUGCAGACAGCCAGGGAGAAGGUCCCAGCUGUGAGCGACAGCAAGCCCCUGCCACCCAAAACCUACCCCUUCUUCAAGAGCUCCAGCCCUCCACUCUCGCCCACCUCCCCAACACAGAGUCCCACCCGCACAGCAAAGGCCACAGCAGAAUUUUCCACACAGACUCAGAGCCCCCUCCUCCCUUAUGAGGGUCCCACCACUGGCACCUCUUCCCCCAUGGUGGCACAGGGGACACAGACGUCGCACCGGGCAGGCUCGCCACGCCUGACCCGGCAGCCCUCCUCGCAGGAUGCCCCUUUCAUGCUGAUCACACUGGCAGCUGAUGCAGCCAGCCAGACCAAGCCGGUCAGCUCCGGCUCCCCGACAUCCCCCACCUCAUCCCCCACCUGGGCCAGCCAACAGCUGCUAGCGCAUGGCUACAGCCAAGUGCCAGAGCCAGAGCAGCCACCAGGCACCUACAUCAGGGCACAGCCAGUGAAGGAGCACGCCCAGAAGGCACCUGCCGUGACUUCAGCCACUGACAGCAUCACAGGGCUGUACAGCUGGGGAGCACUUCCUGCAGAAAACAUCUCCCUCUGCCGCAUCUCCUCCAUCCCCGGCACAUCCCGAGUGGAGCCGGGGCCCAAGGCCCCAAGUACUAAUGCUGUCGACUUACGGACAGCACUGAAGUCUGCCCCCAUCAUCAUAACAGACCAAGGCAUGGAUCUCACCUCCUUGGCUACUGAAGCCAGGAAGUACUGCCUGACCUUGGACCACAUCCCAAACCGGCAGUCCACAGCCAUCCAGCCCUUGAUCAUCAACCUCAAUGCCCAGGAGCAGCCCCAUGCCAUCAUUGCAGCAGCCAGCACUGCCGGCCUGGCCAUUGCCUCCCCCAUGCUCCUCUCACAGGCCAAGCAGCCCAUGGUCUAUGGAGACCCUUUCCAAAGCCGGGUGGACUUUGGGCAGGGUACCGGGAGCCCAGUGUGCUUGGCACAGGUGAAGCAAGUGGAGCAGGGUGUCCAGACGGCCGCUGUGAGAGCCAGUGGGGCAUCCAGUGGCAAGCCUGAGCCUGCCCCCCUGCCCCAGGCCAAGUUUGCAAGAUAUGGCAUGCCAGGCCAGAUGGUGAAGAAGGAUGUGCUCAUCUCACAGACUGGUGGGGCACAGAACAUUAGUGGCCUCCCACAGCCCUUCCCACCAGAGCCAGGCUCAGAGCUGUAUCGGGCAGUGCCAGUGGAGCUGAAGAGCCAGAGCCCUCUCCUUGCCCUGGGUGGCAAGAAGUCCCAGGUGAUGAUGGUGCAGAUGGAGGAGGCAGCAGGUCCAGUGACCAAAGUGCUGAAGGAGGAACCACCAGCCAAUGUGCUGGACCUCACAGGUGUGAAGGCAGAGAGCCAGGUGGCCUGCUGUGACGUGGUCUACAAGUUCCCUUUUGGUGGUAGCUGCACUGGCACUUUCAACCCCACCUCCAAAAUGCCAGAGAAAAAAGCCGGGGAGGCGGCAGCACCUGGCCGGAAAGCCAGCGGGCCCCUCUACAGCAGCAGAGAGCCAGAGCUGCCAGACACCUUCCCUUACCAGGAGCAACCAGCCCCAGCACCCUCGCUCUAUGAGGAGCAGAAGUUUUACCCCACUGGCACCUUUGGCCGCCUCUACUCCUCCAUGUCAGACACAAACCUCUCUGAAAUUGGGAUGAGCUACUACCCCAUGAAGGGGGAUCAGCCCUUCCACUCCCCAGCGGGUGAUGCCGCUGUGGACCUCAGCACCAUGAAGCACUCUUACAGUGUGGGCUUUGCUGAGGGGGGUUACCUGGGCCAGGGACUGCAGUAUGGCUCCCUCUCUGACCUCCGCCAGCCAGCAGAGCUUCUGAGCCACCCGCUCCCUAUGCGGAGGUACAGCUCAGUCUCCAACAUCUACUCUGACUACCGCUUCUCACCUCGAGGGGACCUGGCCAGCUUCCAGGAGUCCAGCCUGGCUCACUACAGUGCCACCACAGCGCGUGAGAUCAGCCGCAUGUGUGCUGCCCUCAACUCUAUGGACCAGUAUGGGGGCCGGCACACCAACGGUCCUGACUUGCUGUCCUACGGCCCCAGCACUGGGCCAGGGGGUGCAGGAGGGAUGGCGGCUCAGCAGCAAGGCCCUGCACCCCCCAAACCUGGUGGAAUGUACAACCCCACCUUCCCUGAGGGACGGCAGGGCUUGGGCAGCCUAGCACAGUACAACGUCCCCGGAGUCCGCCUGGGGACUGUCCGGCAGAUGUUCCCAUCCACCGCCACGGUGCGGGCUGCUGAUGGCAUGAUCUACUCCACCAUCAACACGCCCAUUGCCUCCACACUGCCCAUCACCACCCAGCAACAGCUGGAGGAGCAGAAGCGACAGAAGAGCACCUUCCCUGAGCCCCCUGCCCGACCACCCGAGGGGCCUGCUGAGGUGCCGCGGGGACCACCACAGAGCCAGGGACUGCCAGAGGGGCCUCCUGGUUCCCGGUACCCCACACCACAGCGUCCACUCAGCAGCUCAGCCUCCGACAUGUCGCUGCAAGUUGAGGAGCCCUGGGAGCCCAGCCGGGGUAUCAAGAAGAGGAACUCGAUGCCACGGCUGCGGGACGCAUAUGAGAAGGAGACAGCACGGGAGGCCACUGCGGCGAGGAAGGUGGCGGACAGCAGUGUGCAGACAGACGAGGAGGAUGGUGAGGAGCGGUACCUGCUGUCGCGGCGGCGGCGGACGCGGCGCAGCGCUGACUGCAGCGUGCAGACAGACGAGGAGGACAGCGGGGAGUGGGAGCAGCCCGUGCGCCGCCGGCGCUCUCGGCCCUCCCGGCACACCGAGGUUGGCGCUGAAGGCAAGGCAGAGGGGACGGCCCGUGCCAUGGCCAGCGUGGGCAUCCAGACCAUCAGUGACUGCUCAGUGCAGACAGAGCCUGACCAGCUCCUCCGCGUGUCCCCUUCCAUCCACAUCACUACCCACGAUCCCCGGGUGGAGAUUGUCAAGUACAUCUCAGCCCCAGAGAAGACGCAGAGGGGCGAGAGCCUGGCCUGCCAGACAGAGCCAGAGCCAGCCCCCCAGCCUGGCAUCGUGGUCCCCCAGCUGACGGUGCCCACCACCAUUACACCCUACUCCACCAACAUCCAGAUGGUGAGCACGGGCCCCCUGGACCCCCAUGCUGUCCGGCAGCAGACCCUGGGCAAGUUCGAGAAGAAGAAACCAGAUCCCCUGGAAAUUGGCUACCAGUCCCAUCUGCCAGCCGACUCCCUCUCACAGCUGGUGACCCGCCAGCCACCCCGCUCUCCCCAGGUCCUCUACUCACCUGUCUCUCCCCUCUCCCCCCACCGCCUCUUGGAGUCCUCCUUUGCCACCAGCGAGCGGCUGAACAAGGCUCACGUCCCCCCCCAGAAGCACUUCACCACCGACUCAGCCCAGCGCCAGCAGACACUGCCGCGCCCCAUCAAGACCAUGCAGCGCUCCCUCUCCGACCCCAAGCCCAUCAGCCCCACCGCUGAGGAGGCUGGCAAAGACAGGUUCUCCCUCUACCAGCACCCGCUGCUUCCCGGCACCCAGGUGGGGGCGCUGCAGUCGAGCCCACUGGCGCGCAAGGUAAAGCGGACACUGCCCAGCCCGCCGCCUGAGGAACCCCACGUCCCGCUGGCCAGCCCAGCCACCUCCCAGCUCUACCUGAGCAGCCUGGCCACCAAGGCCACCGCGCCAGUCACUAAGGCCAGCCUGCUGAAAGAGCUGGACCGCGACCUGAAGCUGGUGGAGCAUGAGGCCACCAAGCUGCGGAAGAAGCAGGCAGAGCUGGAUGAGGAGGAGAAGGAGAUUGAUGCCAAGUUGAAGUACUUGGAGCUGGGCAUCACCCAGCGCAAGGAGUCACUGCUGAAGGAGAGGGGCCACCCAUACCUGCGUUGCCCCGGGGACCGCCGCGACUACCUGUCUGACAGUGAGCUGCACAGCCUGCGCCUCGCCACCUAUGAGGGCGCUGGCCUGCGCCCCACGCCUGCUGGGCAGUACCCCGACUUUGCUGCCGCCGCUGCCUCCUAUGGCGCCUACCCCUAUCCAGCCCCACCAGGCCCCACCGCCUUCCCACCAGCACGCCUGCAGCACCCCCAGUACCCUGCAGCCAGCACCACUCAGGAUGGCUUGCCGGCAGCCCCGCUGUCUGCCUUCGCCUCACCUGGCACCUUCCCAGCCCCCAGCACUGCGUACCCAGAGCUGGGCACACCAGGCCAGCCAGGCUUCCGGCCCCAAAACCCCUACCAAGCCCCCAGUACCUUCACCGGGGUGGCCAGCGUGCCAGCAGCACAGCCCACCCUCUUCCAGACCCCAGCAGACGUAGCUGGCGGGCACCAGAAGCCACGGCAGACCUCACUGGCUGACCUGGAGCAGAAGAUCCCCACCAACUACGAGGUCAUCAGUGCAGCCACCAGCUCCUCCACUAUUCCUGAUGUCACCUUCAGUGCCACGACAGCAACCAGUGGCUACGAGCAGUACAAGGCGCCCGAGGCCCGGCCAGCUGAGAGAGCCGGUGCAGCACAGGGCCCCUCAGCUAGCUUCUCCUCUGAGUCCCUCUACACCAACCUGGAGCAGAACAUCCCCCGUAACUACGUGAUGAUUGAGGACAUCAGCGAGCUCACAAAGGAGAGCCCAGUAGUGGAGGGGCAGAAAUCUGAGCCGGCAGGCACAAGCACUGACAUCCGCCAUGGCAGAGAGAAAAGUGACCUGGGGGAUGCUGAGGGCUCCAGCAGGCCCUGCUGCUACACCAAAGCUGAGGAGGAGUCUGAGGAAGACAUCUAUGACCACCAUGGCUCUGACUAUCGAGGAAAGAACAGCUACCACCGGGGCAUGGAAAGCAAUGGCAGGGUGUCAGGGAGCUCCACCAGCUCAUCCUACUACUAUGGGGAUAGUGAUUACCGGCACUCCUCACGGGCAGACAAGCACGGCUCUGGCGUGGCACUGCCAAAGCAUUCCUCCAAGAAUCUGGCACCUGCCGUUGUCUCCUCAAAGCGCAGCAAGCACAGGAAGCAGGGCAUGGAGCAGAAGAUCUCCAAGUUCUCUCCCAUUGAAGAAGCCAAAGAUGUGGAGUCAGACCUGGCCUCCUAUGCAGUGACAACCUCAGUUGGUAGCAGCAAUGUGGCCUCCAGGGCCAAGAAGCUGCAAGAUGAGAUCACCUAUGGCCUGAAGAAGAAUGUCUAUGAGCAGCAGAAGUACUAUGGUGUCUCCAGCCGGGAUCUGGUGGAUGAGGAAGAGAGGGUCUAUUCCACAAGCAGCAGAACCCGCUCCUCUGGCUAUGGGGUGGAAAAGUCCUCUGGCCGGGAGGUGGGCAGUCGGAGCAAGUCCUACGAGCGGGAGGUUAUAGAGCGCUCCCAGAAAGGCAGUUCCAAGCCCUCAUCCCUUGGCAUGAGCCAGAGCCGCGGGCGGGCUCCCAUCCGCACACAGCCCUCAGAGGAGGAGAGCCCUGUCAGCCCGCUGGGGAAGGUGGUGGGAGGGACACGCUCUGUGGGGGGCCCUGGCCCUCAGUCGGCGGGGGACCCCUGCUCACAGUUCUGCUCCAGCCACUCGUUGCCUGAUGUGCAAGAACACAUCAAAGACGUGCCAAGGAGUCACUCGUACAAGCACGAGGAAGGCUACGGCAUGGACGAUGCCCAUUGCGUUGUCUCGGACAGUGAAGCCUAUCAUUUGGGUCAGGAGGAGACAGACUGGUUUGAUAAGCCCAGGGAGGCACGGGCGGAGAGGGUCAGGCCAAAAGCAGAGCAGACGGACACACCCAAACCCACAGUGAAAGUGCCACAGCAGCCGGGGAGAGCGCCAUCAGCACAGCCUCUGGGAGCAUCAGCAGACAGCAAGGCUGGUCCAAAAGUGGCUGGGCCGCGUGGUCCUGCUGGCCCAGCCACAGGGCAGCCCGGAGCAGAAGGAGAGAGCGUUUUCUCCAAAAUCCUGCCGGGGGGGGCAGCGGAACAAGCAGGCAAACUGACUGAAGCGGUGUCGGCUUUUGGCAAGAAGUUCACUUCGUUCUGGAGUUUGGGAAGCGAGUGGAGAUUGAGUCGUUGCAGUGGAAAAACCUAUGAAGAACCCAGUGAAUUUAGCACACGGCGCUGGACUCUGGGUAUAACGCUUUUGAAAGCAGGGCGAUCCCUGGAUGCUGGACCAAACAGCGGCCGAGCGGGGCCCAGCGGACGCCCUGGGGUGGACAAGCAGCUCCAGCAAGGCAGGCGGCAAGCCCUGGCACCGGAUGGGCAGAUGGACCCUCUGCCCCUGUGGCUGCCCCAAGUGAAUGGGCCUGAUCCAGACCAUUGGGGACGGCUGGCGUGGCAGCUGGUGGCCAAAACCCGCUUGCCCUGCCAGGAGGGGAUUCCCGGGGAGGGGGAGGCAGCCCAAGGAGGGGGCUUGCCAGCGUACGGCCCGCACCCCGCCGCCUCCCCACGCCGGUGGCAUCCCCCGGUGCCCCCCGCGGCAGGCGGCAGCCGCCCUCUCGCCCGCCUGAUGUUCUAUGCAACGAAAUAA